UCAGCACCUACAAUUCUGGGUGAAGCAAGAAACAACACGUAGUUGGCUAUCAGACUGACGUCGGUGCUCCGGUUGUCACUUUGCCCCGGGAAGAGAAAAAUAAGGACGUUUUUCGGGUGAAUCACGCGUUGGAAUGGAUUUCCAGGACUUUGCACACGCAGCAGCUAGUAAAGUGGAGUAUAUAUCAACGGAGUAGAAACGCGCUGCAACGUUUCGCUAAAUAGGACCCAAGAGUUGCAAAAGUCUUGUACGGAUUUAUCUUUGAACCGUUUUGUAUCUAUACGAAUAGUAAACAUGAUCUGACGUUUUUAGCAAUAACGUGACUUUCUUGUCAGUUUGUUGCUGCCCUUUCCUCUGCUUGACAGAUUUUCAUCGACCGAUGCUUUUCAACUCAGUGGUUUUUGGCGGAUGACAACUGGUGUGAGUCAUUUAUGGCGUUUGACUCCCAGCCGAUGUGAACGUUAAUCAUAAGUGAUUGAACUGCCGUGUCUCCCAAUUUGGUGAACACAAGAUAACGGUCACACUGGACUAGGAUUAUUUUAAUGGCAACUCGGAUUGGAAGAAUUUUAAUUUUUGAAGUCUGUGUAAACAAUUGUCCUGUGUACUGAUAAAGUGACGGGUCCGCAGCACAGAAGAGAUCGAUAACCUCCGUGUCAGCACGUUUUUACCCUACUUAUCUUUCUCAGUUGUCAUUCUAUUUUUGUUCGAGACCGGUCGUUUCUACAAUGGAAACGAUCGUAUUCAAGUUACAACGCUCAUCGUUAAUCUGAGCACCACCAUCAGAACGACUGGCUAUCUUCCCGAGACUCCGUGGUAGGACAAUCAUGUGGGGCCCUGCGCCACCAUCCCUGCAGGUCGCCGUAAAAGUCCUGAAACACGCCGCUGUCAAAGGACAGAUCCAGAUGAACCGCUGGCUCCAGAGAUCCUCCCCGGACGAGUGCGAUAAAGUUGACCUCUUGAUAUGCAACGCCUUUGACGAGAGAGGAGGCGCCGUCGGCAAGUCUGACGGAGACCCGGGGAGCAUCGUUGACGCUGGCGUGUCAUUCACCGGUGGCAUCACCAACGGUGAUUUCAGACACCCGUGUUGUAUUACCACGUGUUGUUUCAAGAGCAGCCUCCUGGCGUGCAUUCUGACAGCUGUGUGCUUCUCCUCCGUGGCUCUAGUCCGACAGUACCUCAAGGACCUUCUACUCUGGGUGGAGAGCUUGGACAGCCUGGUUGGAGUCCUGCUGUUCAUAGUCGGUCUGAUCAUUGUCUCCUUCCCAUUCGGCUGGGGCUACAUCGUACUGAACGUGGCUGCGGGAUACCUCUACGGCUUCGUGCUGGGUCUGGGACUGGUGAUGGUGGGGGUGCUCAUCGGUACCGUCGUGGCUCACCUGGUGUGUAAGAGACUGUUGACGGACUGGGUGGUCAACAAGGUGGGGAACUCUGAACAGCUCAGUGCUGUGAUACGGGUGGUGGAGGGGGGGAGUGGACUCAAAGUUGUGGCCUUAGCGAGACUCACGCCCAUUCCGUUUGGACUCCAGAAUGCAGUGUUUUCAAUCACAGACGUGUCAUUGCCAAACUACCUGGUGGCGUCGUCAGUCGGCCUGCUGCCCACACAGCUCCUAAACUCCUACCUGGGCACCACGCUGCGCACCAUGGAGGACGUUAUCGCAGAACAGAGCGUCAGCGGAUACCUUGUCUUCAGUCUACAGAUCAUCAUCAGUAUAGGCCUGAUGUUCUAUGUGGUCCAUCGGGCCCAGGUGGAGCUGAAUGCAGCCAUCGCUGCCUGUCAGAUGGAGCUGAAGACAUCACGCAUGAACGGCACUUCCACCAAUCACAGCGGCUUCACCUACUGCAGCAAGAGGGCGUCGGCCGGGGGUGGGAUCAUCAACGUGGUUUAAUAAAUAUCUCAAAACCCUGAUUGGACACGAGCGAAUGGGAUCAAACUGAACACUGACUGGCCAGUAGAGCAGAUCUGAUAUCUUCCACGACGAGGAGGACCUACCAAAUAGCGACGCUGAUUGUGUGGAUCUAUGGGGCUUGGUAGCUGCAGCUGAGGGCUGCCAGGUGUUUAGUAGUCAGGUACGGGUGGUGUUGUCGUCACGGACUUCGCUACAACCUGAACACUAUGCAGCACAGCUCACCGUUCAGAUCUCAAUGAGACCAAGGGCUUCUCUUCUACUGUGUGGGACCAGGGUGCUAUGCUAUAUGUUGACCUCGUUUCUAAUGAUGUCAAAAGGAAGACAUGGUUUAAGCAUACACUACGAGGCCUUUUUUUCUAUUGGUUAGUCUUUUUGUUUUUCUCUCUCACCAUAAGAAGCAGUACGCCAACUUAUUGUUCCCGCUCUGUUACUGGGGUAGAGGCUGAUUGACGUAUGGCUUAAUGAUGACGUAUGGCUUAAUGAUGACAUGGUUUAUCGAUGACGGAUGGUUUUAAUGAUGACAUAUGGCUUAAUGAUGACGUAUGGCUUAAUGAUGACGUAUGGCUUAAUGAUGACGUAUGGCUUAAUGAUGACGUAUGAUUUAAUGAUGACGUAUGGUUUAAUGAUGAGGUAUGGCUUAAUGAUGAGGUAUGGCUUAAUGAUGAGGUAUGGCUUAAUGAUGACGUAUGGCUUAAUGAUGACGUAUGGCUUAAUGAUGACGUAUGGCUUAAUGAUGACGUAUGGCUUAAUGAUGACGUAUGGCUUAAUGAUGAGGUAUGGCUUAAUGAUGAGGUAUGGCUUAAUGAUGAGGUAUGGCUUAAUGAUGAGGUAUGGCUUAUUGAUGAGGUAUGGCUUAAUGAUGAGGUAUGGCUUAAUGAUGAGGUAUGGCUUAAUGAUGAGGUAUGGCUUAAUGAUGAGGUAUGGCUUAAUGAUGAGGUAUGGUUUAAUGAUGAGGUAUGGUUUAAUGAUGAGGUAUGGCUUAAUGAUGACGUAUGGCUUAAUGAUGACGUAUGGUUUAAUGAUGACGUAUGGUUUAAUGAUGACGUAUGGCUUAAUGAUGAGGUAUGGUUUAAUGAUGACGUAUGGCUUAAUGAUGAGGUAUGGCUUAAUGAUGACGUAUGGUUUAAUGAUGACGUAUAGUGUAAUGAGGUAUGGCCUAAUGACGUAUGGCUUAAUGAGGUAUGGCUUAAUGAUGACGUAUGGCUUAUUGAUGAGGUAUGGCUUAAUAAUGACGUAUGGUUUAAUGAUGAGGUAUGGCUUAAUGAUGAGAAAUGGCUUAUUGAUGACGUAUGGUUUAAUGAUGAGAAAUGGCUUAUUGAUGACGUAUGGUUUAAUGAUGAGGUAUGGUUUAAUGAUGAGGUAUGGUUUAAUGAUGACGUAUGGCUUAAUGACUAUAGCUGAGAGGGUCACUACAACAGAGGCACAACCUGGCUGGUCCAAACCUGGCUGGUCACAAAUGGCUCCCUAUUCCCUAUGCACUACUGUAGAGCUCUAUGGUUCCUGGUCAAAAGUAGUGCACUAUAUAUGGAAUAGGUUGCCAUUUGGGACGUCUGUCUGCUAAUAAUAUGCAUGUGUAAAGUAGAAGGGGUUUGUUGCUCUGUUUCCAUGUUCCUUCCAAACCUCCCACGCAUAUUAUAGCUGUUAUAGUUACCAACACAUUUGGGGGGAUUAAUUCAUUUGUUUUUAUUGUUUUUUUGCAUUUUUCAUGUUGAUUUGCAAAAUAGUAAAGGGCAUUUUUUGGCUAGGUUUA